AUGAAGCUAAAACUUGAGAGUACGCUCAUUCCAGGCCCCUUGCAGCUCAGUCGGACGUCGAGGUGGCAUGGGGGGCGGGGCAUGGCGAUGAGUACAGUCGUUAUUCCGCCACGGUCAUUGGCCCCCUCGCCUCAGAGGGAUGCAGAGGGAUCUCUCCCAGGAUCCCUCUGGCUGCGAGGGGCUUGGCAUGAGCGUACCUCUUCGACUCACCAAGUUCCUCCCCACCGCAAGAGGGGACCCGAGCAUGACCAUCCGGCGCAGGAUGGGUAUAUCAAAAGGCCUAGGGUGGACGGAGAGCCGGGGGGAUUGGGAAAUCAGCAAGGUCUCGCACUUCAACGCGGACCUGGAGGUGUGGGGUAUCCGAUAGAGGCUCCGCGCCCAAGAGCGGGAUUGGCCGUUCUAGCACCUCACGUGCCGAAGACCGGCACGGCUGUCCAGCAGGCUUUUCUGAACGCACCACAAGGGUGUGGCUGCAGGUCACGACCAACCGGUACGAGCUCGAGAGGAUCCCCCAAGGGCGGCUGUUCCAUGCGAAGAACGACGCCGACAUGCCCUUUGGGGGCCGGCCGGCAGUUGAUCUUCAAACACGGGCAGCCCGUAACCUUCUUCAUCACCGGCACUCUCAAUACCGACACGACUAACAUGUCGGAACCUGGUACCUUGAUGACAGAACACAUGAGCGAGCACGCCGUCCAGGCGGAGGAGAUGGAAGUUCCCAAUGUGAAGGUGAUGGAGGCCACCCCCUUUGUCAAACUCGGUUCCGCCGUCAACAUCAUCGGUGUAAACCCUCACUCCCCCGAGACAAUUGCCAACGCAUCCGGGACCUUCACUUACGCCACGUCCUUGGUCACCCCUCAGACGUUCCCCACGGCGGCUGUCGGUAAGAUCCCCACCCAGGCCAACUUCUCCUCGGUCGGCAGGGCGUCCAACUUCCCGCAGGACGCGAGGUUCCAGUUGACGCGGAAACUCUGGGCUCCGGAGAAGAUCGCCAAGGCUCAGAACGCGGUCCAGGAGGAUUAUGGGCUUUCAGCUCAUGCGACUUCCUCUUGUCCGCCCCUCGUCGGAUCGCCUCUCAUCGCCGACGACCCCGACCUGCAAAACAAAUCCAAGAUGACCCGGCUCGAUUGGGCUCCCACUCUGGCGUAUAUUAAGGAAGGCAAGGUGCUGCCAAUCGGUACGCACUCCAUCAACCAGGCGCCGGCUACCACGGUCAUCACGGUGUAUUUCAACAUGGAGCUUGUGCAACGGACCGGUUCCUGGCGCUUGGAUUGGGUUCCGGUGAGGAUCCAUGUGGACGGCGUAUUGAACGCUGGCCCCAACACCAAGACCUUCUACGCCAAUAAGGUCGUUGAGACUACGACCCCUUCCCCUCGGAAGCGCAAGACCCACACUUGGGAUACCGUGAUGACCCCCGGAAAUCCACAGCGCGCUGCUCCGGAUUCUACUCCGCCCGCCUCCCCUUCUGCCGGUUCCAGCACCAACGCCACGGCCAGCAGCUCCAGCACAAUGACCCAGGUGCAGUUGCGGGUGCUAGCGAAAAUGGCCCAGCUCAAGCUCAGCGACCUUCACGCUUCAAAGGCGGGGGACCGGAAGUACUACUAUGAGCGCCCCAACUCCGAUGGCAAAGGCGGCCUCGGCAUGCUCACGGAGAAGGUGGAGGGGAAGCAUGCGCAAUUUGCAUACGCGUGCAAAUACAUCGAGGGCUUCCUAAAGACCCACGUCAACGGGGACUUUCAGUCCUUCUCCGUCGUCCAACCGGUCUCGACACGGCGGAGUGUUCGGCCAAUCUCGGACCGUCCCCAAGGCAAGGCCAUUGUGCCCGCUGCCCGCGAGGAUGGCCUCGAGACCCUUACUUUCGCCAACAUCAAGGACGACCGUGGGUGUGACGACCUUAACGACGCCGUCGACCUCGCGGAUCUUGACGACCUGGAUGGCAACCCGGACGUCAUCAUCGUCUUCACUUGUAUGGUCUGGAAGGGUGGGAGCAUUCCUGCCUUUACCGGUUGCCCGAAAGGCGGCCCUGACAAGGCGGGCUGGUUGCCCCCCAUGGACAUCGAUCUGGUCUCCAUCACCCUCAUUGGUAACACCGGUGAGGGGGGUGGCGGAUAUGGCGGACAUGCUGGACAGGGUGGGCGAGUACGCGGACGAUCCGGAGGAAUAAUUAAGGUACGACGCUUGAGUGGGCGUGGUGUAGCGGUCGGUGUAAUGACCGCUUGUGUAGCCGCCACGGCCGACCCCACACUCUUCCAUUGCCACUACCACCCCGAGCCUCGAUUUUCCCCCGACUCGGACGAGGUGGACGAGCUCGACUCCGAGGAUAGUGGUGAAGCGAUGUAUGUUGGUUUGGAUGUGGUCCCGGAGGAGGAGGAGGAUGAGGUGGUCGAGAUUACCAACACUCCCCCUCGAAUGCUUGGGAAUUACGGUACCAACGCUCUUUCGGUCACUCUGGAGCCCGCCAGCCAGCCCGUCUCGCCUGGGACCGUCACUCCUUAUACGGCUCCCUCCUCUUAUCCAUCUCACUGGCAAGACGAUGAUCUGUCUUCGGUUCCUCAGGCAACCUCCUUCGUCCCCGGCUGGCAGGAUGGCUACGUCCCUCCUGCUCCCCCGGCUCCCGCGCUCCCGCGGUAG